ACCCAGGCAGGACACAUGCAGGCCAAAAAACGCUAUUUCAUCCUGCUCUCAGCUGGCUCUUGUCUCGCCCUUUUGUUUUAUUUCGGAGGCUUGCAGUUUAGGGCAUCGAGGAGCCACAGCCGGAGAGAAGAGCAGAGCGGUCGGAAUGGCUUGCACCAGCCCAGUCCGGAUCAUUUCUGGCCCCGCUUCCCGGACGCUCUGCGCCCCUUCUUUCCUUGGGAUCAAUUGGAAAACGAGGAUUCCAGCGUGCACAUUUCCCCCCGGCAGAAGCGAGAUGCCAACUCGAGCAUCUACAAAGGCAAGAAGUGUCGCAUGGAGUCCUGCUUCGAUUUCACCCUUUGCAAGAAAAACGGCUUCAAAGUCUACGUAUAUCCGCAGCAAAAAGGGGAGAAAAUCGCCGAAAGUUACCAAAACAUUCUAGCGGCCAUCGAGGGCUCCAGGUUCUACACCUCGGACCCCAGCCAGGCGUGCCUCUUUGUCCUGAGUCUGGAUACUUUAGACAGAGACCAGUUGUCACCUCAGUAUGUGCACAAUUUGAGAUCCAAAGUGCAGAGUCUCCACUUGUGGAACAAUGGUAGGAAUCAUUUAAUUUUUAAUUUAUAUUCCGGCACUUGGCCUGACUACACCGAGGACGUGGGGUUUGACAUCGGCCAGGCAAUGCUGGCCAAAGCCAGCAUCAGUACUGAAAACUUCCGACCCAACUUUGAUGUUUCUAUUCCCCUCUUUUCUAAGGAUCAUCCCAGGACAGGAGGGGAGAGGGGGUUUUUGAAGUUUAACACCAUCCCUCCUCUCAGGAAGUACAUGCUGGUAUUCAAGGGGAAGAGGUACCUGACAGGGAUAGGGUCAGACACCAGGAAUGCCUUAUAUCACGUCCACAAUGGGGAGGACGUCUUGCUCCUCACCACCUGCAAGCAUGGCAAAGACUGGCAAAAGCACAAGGAUGCUCGCUGUGACAGAGACAACACCGAGUAUGAGAAGUAUGAUUAUCGGGAAAUGCUGCACAAUGCCACUUUCUGUCUGGUUCCUCGUGGUCGCAGGCUUGGGUCCUUCAGAUUCCUGGAGGCUUUGCAGGCUGCCUGCGUCCCUGUGAUGCUCAGCAACGGAUGGGAGUUGCCAUUCUCUGAAGUGAUUAAUUGGAACCAAGCUGCCGUCAUAGGCGAUGAGAGAUUGUUAUUACAGAUUCCUUCUACAAUCAGGUCUAUUCAUCAGGAUAAAAUCCUAGCACUUAGACAGCAGACACAAUUCUUGUGGGAGGCUUAUUUUUCUUCAGUUGAGAAGAUUGUAUUAACUACACUAGAGAUUAUUCAGGACAGAAUAUUCAAGCACAUAUCACGUAACAGUUUAAUAUGGAACAAACAUCCUGGAGGACUGUUCGUACUACCACAGUAUUCAUCUUAUCUGGGAGAUUUUCCUUACUACUAUGCUAAUUUAGGUUUAAAGCCCCCCUCCAAAUUCACUGCAGUCAUCCAUGCGGUGACCCCCCUGGUCUCUCAGUCCCAGCCAGUGUUGAAGCUUCUCGUGGCUGCAGCCAAGUCUCAGUACUGUGCCCAGAUCAUAGUUCUGUGGAAUUGUGACAAGCCCCUACCAGCCAAACACCGCUGGCCUGCCACUGCUGUGCCUGUCAUUGUCAUUGAAGGAGAGAGCAAGGUGAUGAGCAGCCGGUUUCUGCCCUAUGACAACAUCAUCACAGAUGCUGUGCUCAGCCUUGACGAGGACACUGUGCUUUCCACGACCGAGGUGGAUUUUGCCUUCACAGUGUGGCAGAGCUUCCCAGAGAGGAUUGUGGGGUACCCUGCACGCAGCCAUUUCUGGGAUAACUCUAAGGAGCGGUGGGGGUACACAUCCAAGUGGACGAACGACUACUCCAUGGUGUUGACAGGAGCUGCUAUUUACCACAAAUAUUAUCACUACCUGUACUCCCAUUACCUGCCAGCCAGCUUGAAGAACAUGGUGGACCAACUGGCCAAUUGUGAGGACAUUCUCAUGAAUUUCCUGGUGUCUGCUGUGACAAAAUUGCCUCCAAUCAAAGUGACUCAAAAGAAGCAGUAUAAGGAGACAAUGAUGGGACAGACUUCUCGGGCUUCCCGUUGGGCUGACCCUGACCACUUUGCCCAGCGCCAGAGCUGCAUGAAUACGUUUGCCAGCUGGUUUGGCUACAUGCCGCUGAUCCACUCUCAGAUGAGGCUUGACCCCGUGCUCUUUAAAGACCAGGUCUCCAUCCUGAGGAAGAAAUACCGAGACAUUGAACGACUUUGAGGAAUGUGGCCGCGUGGGGGAGGGGAAGCGAGCAGGGCCGGGUCAAGCUGCUCUCUCUUCCCAGUGCAGAUCCGCUCAUCCGCGGAGCCAGAUUGUGCCAAGUAUCCAAAUAAACCUAGACGAACAGAAUGACAAAAAAAGGCCAAUGAGAACCUGACUCCUGGCUCCUGGGACUGCACCAAACUCACCUCACUGGCUUCUAUGUCCCAAGACUAGGUUGUGUACAGUUUAAUUAUGGAACAUUAAAUAAUUAUUUUUGAAAUGA